AUGGCCGGUUAUGCAUUGAAACGAUUGAUGACAGAGUACAGAGAAUUAACGAAUCGACCUCCUGAAGGAAUACUCGCGGCUCCAUUAGAUGAGGACAAUUUCUUUGAAUGGGAAUGCCUGAUCACCGGUCCAGAAGACACUUGCUUUGCUAAUGGCGUAUUCCCUGCCCGAAUUUCUUUCCCGCAGGACUAUCCUCUUAGUCCCCCGAAAAUGAGGUUCACCUGCGAUCUAUUCCACCCUAAUAUUUAUCAAGACGGACGCGUAUGUAUUUCCAUCUUGCAUGCUCCUGGAGAUGACCCUACUGGAUAUGAGAGUUCUUCAGAAAGGUGGAGUCCAGUGCAAUCAAUCGAAAAGAUUCUUCUAAGCGUUGUAAGCAUGCUUGCCGAGCCAAAUGACGAGUCGCCCGCAAAUGUAAACGCUGCGAAAAUGUGGCGUGAAGAUCGAGAACAGUUCGAGAAGAUUGCUGAUAAUCUUGUUCGGAAAACGCUUUGCCUUCCUCAGUCAGAGUAA